GUCUGUCAUUAUACCUUGGAUCAUAUAGUUGUCAUUUCUGCUGCUACUAUUGCUCAAAAGCCUGGUCCCACAACCUUUCUGCCUUUCUUUCACAGAGGAAAUGUGAUUUUUGGCCGAGAAUCUCGGAGUAGAGCCUGUGGAGGGAUUUCUUUCCCUUGAAAGAAAGAAGAGGAGGAAAAACAUCUUGGAUACGGUUGGGUUCUUCACCAGAGUGGUUCCAACAUGGAGAGACCCAACUCACGUGGGCCUGAAGCAGGACCUGGGGGCAGUGGGGAAUCCUGGGAAAGAACCAGACAUGAGUCCCUGAGUGUGGACCUUGACAGCUCGGACACACAGCGCCAGCGCUUCAGGCAGUCCUCCUACCAAGAGGGUGAAGGACCCAGAGGGGUUUGCAGUCGUCUCCACGAUCUGUGCCGCCAGUGGCUGAAGCCAGAGCAGCACACCAAGGCCGAGGUGCUGGACCUGGUGACCCUGGAGCAGUUCCUGAGCAUCCUGCCCCCAGAGAUGGGGAGCUGGGUCCGAGAGUGUGGGGCAGAGACCUGUUCCCAGGCGGUGGCCCUGGCGGAAGGCUUCCUCCUGAGUCGGGCCGAGGACAAGGAGCAGGAAGGACAGGCCCCUAAUAAUAACUCCAUGGAAGUCCCUGCACCAGAGGAAUCUCCACCAGACACCACCCAGAGUCUCAGGCAGAAGGAGCUGAAGCGGGAAGGAGACGGGGCUGCCGCCUUGCAGGGUGAGAAGGGACUCUUCUGGGAGUUUUGUGGGUUUCUGCUUCAGGGGGAUGAUAAAUAAAUAAAAUUAUUGUUGGACUUGUUGUUGUUGUUAUAUGUAGGCAUUGGGUUGCUAACAGUGUGAUUUCAGUUUGAUUUGCAGUUUUCUUUCUUGCAAUAGGACUGAAAAUGCAGCCCUUCAGUGUCUUCCCAGGUGGGACCCUAAGCUGAGCUGAGCCCUGAAACUGAGCUGGAAGACAAACAGACAGCAAAGAAUCACUUUAGUCAAUUGAAACACCAAGCCCAGUGCUAGUUUCAUUCCAACAUAUUCACAGCAGGGCUUGCGAGAUAAAGUCCUAAACCCUCACAUUGUACGUCUUCUUGGGCUGUUGAAUGCGCCUGUGUUCUUAGGGCCGUUUCCUCAUCGGUCUCUUUAUAGGACUGCAAUGGUCACCUCUGAGGCCUGUUUCUGUGACCAGCUUUCCACCCCUUGCUCUCUCUCCAGGGUCUGGAAUGAUGCUGUUGCCGAAUCCUCAGCCGUUUCUCCCCCUUUGCGAUGGAGUGGGACUGAGUCAGACAAGAUAGAAUGUGUUUCCUUAGAAGUGAAGUACUGAAGGCACAAUUACAAGGAGGAAAAAAAUGAAGAGAAAACUAAAUAGAUGCCUCACCCUCACUCAUCGCCCGGACUUGCAGCGCUGUAUUACCCGCCCUGCCCUUGCAACUGUUCCUGCGCUAGCCCUUGCCCGCCCUCUUCGAUCUGAACAUGCCCACUGUUCUCGGCUACUGGUUGA